AUGAGAUUCACUCGCUUAAUUGUGCUUGGCCUGGUGCCCUUGGUAUUUGCAGCAGAUGACACAACUACUGCGGUCACUACUCCCGCUGCAGCUGUUCCAGGUGCUGCUACAACUGCCACAACAGGAGUUACCACUAACACACCAGUAACUACAGCUUUAGGCACUACUCCUGCUGUUGGCGCAGCUGCUACUACGUCGACAACCGGCACGGGUGUCACCGGGACUGGAGUUACUGGAACUGGAACUGCUACGACUAGGACAGGUACUACUGGCACUGCCACGACCGGAACUGGAACAGGAACUACUGUGAUCCCUGGUGCAGCAACUACGGGUACUGCAACGACGGGUACUGCAACCACAGGUACAUCUACUGGAACUGUUAACACGUCCACUAUGAACGCUUCUCAGCUAUCUACCUUUUUGAUUACGCGUUCGAUGAACGCAGACCAGCUCAUCGCAUGGAGUGCUACGCACACCUUGGGACAGACCACCACAGGAACUGGAACCUCGAAAGGGACAUCUACAACUGCUGUUGGACUGAGUGUCUCCGGCUCGUCUUCUUCUGCAGCCGCUGCUGCUGUCACCGCUCCAGCUGUUGACGACUCCACUGCCUCGUUGACUUUUGUCACUACAUACAUUAGACCAUCGACCUCAUCUAUUGCAGCAGCCCCUUCCAGUGCUUCUGGAUCUCUGAAGAAUGGUGCAUGCUCAUCAAAUAAUUUGGGUUUAUUGCUGGCACUUGCUCUUAUCGGCUCCAUCGGUUCCACAUUCUUGUGA